GGGCCCGCGCUCCUUCUCGGCCCGAGCGCGUGCGAAGAAAGGCGAGGCCGGAGCAGCGACGACGCAGCGAGCGCGCCUCGAGGCGGCCCAGGCAGCGGGCGCUGUGUGUUGCCAACGAGGGCAGGCAGGCUCACGUCUAUAAGAAGCGCGCUGCCGACGCACCCAUGCCCACUCGCCACCGCACUUCGCUCUUCUCGCUCAAGACACACCUCACCAUGCGCUUCGCCCUCUCCACCGCCGUCGUGGCCGCCGUGUACGCCAACAGCGCCCUCGCCGCGCCGCUCGACGAGCACAGCGCCGGCCUCAUGGCGCGCCAGAGUGGGCCCUCGUCGCAGUUCCUGCCCUCGUCGGCGGCGCUGCGCAGCUCGUGGACGCUGCAGGGCUGUGCGCCCGACCGCUACCCCGACGGCCGUGCCAUCAUGCAGUGGUACAAGGAGGUGGGCACCAUCGACGAGUGCCUGCAGUACUGCGACAGCGUCGGCGCGGCGUACUGCGGCGCGGAGUACGGCUACCAGUGCUUCGGCGGCAACGCGCUCGCGACGGGCAUCAACGUGCCCGCCUCGCAGCUGACGACGAGCAACGACGGCGGCUGCAGCACGCCGGCGCGCAGCAGUAGCGCGCAGCGCUUCGGCGGCCCCAAUGCGCUGCAGGUGUACAAGAGCAACAGCCGCCCCGUGGCCACGAGCCCGUCGCCCGUCGGCAACAGCACGUUCCAGGGCUGCUUCAGCGACAACACCAAUGCGCGCCUGCUGCCUCAGAACAACUACGGCCGCACGGCCAACACCAUCGAGUCGUGCAUCGCCACGUGCACGAACCAGGGCUACGACCUGGCCGGCCUCGAGUACCGCAGCGAGUGCCACUGCGGCGACAGCACCAAGGUCAACAUCGCCUCGGCGCAGGCGGCCGCCUCGGACUGCCAGGCGACGUGCACGGGCAAUGCCGGGCAGAUCUGCGGCGGCGCCGGCCGGCUGUCGAUCUACAAGCGCCCUGCCUCGGCGGGCCCGGCGCCCGUCGACUCGUCGAAGAACCCGACGCCCAUCACCGUCGGCGGCAGCAAGUACGUCUACCAGGGCUGCUUCAAGGACCGCAGCGACCAGCAGGGCCGCGCCCUCAGCAACUACUACGGCCUCAGCGCCAACGACAACGUCAAGUGCGUGACGAACUGCAAGAACGCCGGCUUCAAGUACGCCGCCACGGAGUUCGGCACCGAGUGCCGCUGCGGCAACACGCUGCGCUACAACGUGCAGCAGGGCGCCGUGUGCGACAAGGCGUGCCCGGGCAACUCGACGCAGGUGUGCGGCGGCAACAACUACUCGAUGAGCCUGUACAUGCUCACCGCCUGAGGCAGCGCAUGUGCUCCGCAGCAGCUGCUUCCCUGACCCCUCCGUCCCGUCACCUACUUCUCGUACCCCUUGGCCCAGUUGCCUAGCUCCCUUUCCAGAAAACCUCUCUCGGCAGCCUGUGCCUGAUGAGCGCCUCACGACCCGCAGAAGAAAUGACAGCCCCCUUUGGCGCCUUCCGAAC